UUUUUACCUGGGUUUUUUCACUAGGAGAAUUUAUUUAGCAAGUUUGAUUAUGUCAGGUCAUGGUGGAAGGGGAACCUAAUAGAAUAACUAAUCUGUUUGAUCCACUUCUUGAACAUAUUAUCUCCUUUCUUCCAAUAAAUGAUGCUGUUCGAACUAGUGUUUUGUCAAAGAGGUGGAAAGAUUUAUGGAUUUCACAUCCCUACAUUUCUUUUGACGACAACGUGUUAACCGAUGAUCAUACAACUGGACAUGAAGAAGAAUCAAAUACCAAUCGGUCAAUUAGAACUAUAAAGUUUAUUAGAUUCGUGGAUAAAGUUCUGCUUGACUGGGGUCAUGACAAGCCGAUUAUUAAAAAGCUUCAACUUUCAUACCGAGAUAGAAUCGGGGCUUCUGAGUUUGCUAGAUGGUUUAGGGCUGUUUUGAGGGAUGGUCUUGAAGAGCUCGAUCUCCACUUUGGAAGAUUUUGCGAGAGACCAUUCAGCUGCUUAAUUCCAUGCAAUUCCUUAGUGACAUUGAAACUAAAUUUUGGAGCAUUAUAA